GAAUGUCAAAAAUAAUUAAUUAUGUACCUAUAUUUAUUAUUUAUUCAGCUCCAUAAUAUUCAUAAUAUUUACAUCAACAAAAUAAUAAAUAAAGUUAACAAACAAACAUUACAAUCACAUAUUAAAAUUAAAACGAAUAAUAAAAUAACAAUAAAAAAAAAGGUAUAUUAUUAUAAAAGUGUUGUUAAUAAAUAAACAUAAAUAAUUAUGUGAAAUUUUGAUUAUUAAAAAUGAAUUUAUGGUAUAACAAUAAAUAUUUUCUAUACAUUAAAUCAAUAUCAACAGUGGUUUUACUAAGUGGAAGCUGUUGGUUAAUUUAUCAAGCUCGUGAAACAAGCCAAAUACUCAGGUCAAUAUUAUCAACAAAUGUACUUGAUUUAGAAAAAACACAAGCACAAUAUAUUUAUCUUGAUGAUCCAAGGUUCAAAGAUAUAUUAACUAGUCAAGAUGAUUUACAAUCAUCAGCUACAAAAAAAUAUCAUGAAUCAUUUACAACGAUAAUAAUUGAAUGGUGGAAAUCAAUUAAUCAUAAUUUAUCAUAUCGUCUUUUACAUUUGGCUAAAACUGGCCAGAUAAAUGAAAGAUUAAAGGCAGUUGAUGCCCUAGGAUCACUUAAACAUUUAAAAGAUUGGCAUUAUUGUCAUCUUGCUCAAAUGAUGGAUGCUAAAACAGCAAUAGCAUUAUCAAGAAUAUCAAAUUCAAAUUUAAAAUUUUUUUUAAAACCACCAAAAAAUAUAAUUACAAAAAAUUUUAAUGAUACUGUUGAUGAUAUUUAUCAAUUAUUAUUAAAAUUAGAUCAAUUAUCAAAUGGCAAUCAUCGUUGUUUAACAAAAUUUAUAAAUGAAAAAUUUCAAGACUAUCAACGAGAUAAUUUAGUUUUUGAUCAUGAUUUACCAGGUAUUGGAUUAUCAACAACUUCAUCAUCAUAUUGGGAUAAAAAUUUAUUGAAAAAUUGUAUAAAAGCAAUAUAUCAUCACACGUCAAUUGAAAAUUUUAAUAAAGAUAUAUUACUGGCACAUGGUUUAUCAAUACUAGUUGAUGUUAAAAAUAUAUUUUCUAAUGACAUUGAAGUGUUGAUACUUGUUGCUAAAAUAAUAUCAAAUUUAUCAUUACACUUGGAUUGUAUUGAUGAAUUGUUUGUUGCUGGUUGGAUUGGAAUACUUGCUGAAUGGUCAAGAAAUGAAGAUGUCAGAUUAGCAGCACCAUCAGCACGUGCACUUGCUAAUCUUGAUACUGAUACAAAUGAAAAUAAUAUAUAUUCAAGAAGAAUAUAUUUACUACAUCCAAUGUAUCGUGAUAAAUGUAAAAAAAAAAUUGAUAUUUGUUUUAUUCAUGGUUUACUUGGUGGUGUAUUUGUAACAUGGAGACAACGUGAUAAUAAAAAUAAAUUAAAUUUAAAUAUUUUAACAGAAAUUUUAGAUACAAAUAUAUUAAAUCAAGUUAUUGGUGAUAAUUAUCAUGAAUUUAUUAAAGAUUUAUCACAUGAUUAUCAAAUUAGAGAAUGGAAUAAACUUGGUAAUGAUUUUGAAUUUGUACUUGAUGAUUGUCCAGUGUCAUUUAAUAGUGAAGCAUGUGGUACUUUCACUUGUUCCGGUGAUGAUUAUUGGAGUGAAAAAUUAAAACAAGAUCAUUCAAAAAGAACUGAAUGUUGGCCAAAAGACUGGUUACCCAAGGACUUACCUGGUAUACGUGUCCUUGGUAUUAAUUAUGAUACAAGCUUGACACUUUGGACCUUGUCAUGUCCAAUCGAACGUAUGAAGAAUACAAUGGAUGGAAGAAGUGAAGAAUUUAUAAAUAAAUUAAUUCUUGCUGGAGUUGGAAAAAGACCAAUUGUAUGGAUUUGUCAUUCAAUGGGUGGUUUAAUUGUUAAAAAAAUGCUUGUUGAAGAAUGGAAUAAUGGUGAUAAAAAUAAAAUAUGUAAAAAUACAAAAAGUAUUAUAUUUUAUAGUACACCACAUCGUGGUUCUCAUGUUGCUGCAUUAAAACAACUAACUGAAAUACUUGUAUGGCCUUCAAUUGAAGUUCAAGAACUCAGACAAGAAUCACCAAAGUUACUUAAACUUCAUGAUGAAUUUUUGAAUAUGUUGAAACAUAAUAAAAUUGAUAUUAUUAGUUUUGGUGAAACAAUACCAACACCAAUGACAGCAUUAAAAUUUUCAUUACAAUUUGUAACAAGUAAAUCAGCUGAUCCUGGUAUUGGUGAAUUUUAUGAAAUUCCACAAAAUCAUUUAACAAUAUGUAAACCAGCAAGUAGAUCAUCAUUUUUAUAUAAAAAAGUCAUUGAUGUUAUACAAAAACAUACAUAUAAAAAUAAUGAAUUAACUGAUAAAUCAAAUGACAAUAAUUUACUUACUUGGUUAUUUAGAAUAUUCUAAAAUAAAUUAUUCAAAUUUAAUUUGAUUUUUUAAAAAUAAACUUUACAAAUUUUCAUACAAAUUUAAUUGAAACAAAUAAUUAAUAAGUAGCUCAUUGUAAAUAUUAAAAAUAAAAUUAUAUUUAUAAAUAA